AAGCGUUGCGUUUUCAGGAAGUGAUACUGCAUGGAAUUUCUGCUUUUCUCCCACGUGAGCCUCCACCAAAGCACCACGCGCAGCAAGGCUGAACCGGCUGCUAACGAUAAUAUCACGUCACUGUAAAACAACGGCGAACUCGCUGUGGACCACAAAAUAACUGCCGUACGGACACGGCGGAGCGGAUCAUUGUAGUGUGUCCAGACAGCGCGAGGAAGAUGGCGGACGACCCCAGCGCAGCGGAUAGGAACGUGGAAAUCUGGAAGAUUAAGAAGUUGAUCAAAAGCUUGGAGGCGGCCAGAGGAAAUGGAACCAGUAUGAUAUCUCUCAUCAUUCCACCCAAGGAUCAAAUCUCACGUGUAGCGAAGAUGUUAGCCGAUGAGUUUGGCACGGCCUCCAACAUAAAGAGCAGAGUCAACAGACUGUCUGUGCUGGGAGCCAUUACCUCAGUACAGCAGAGACUCAAGCUCUACAACAAAGUGCCUCCUAAUGGGUUGGUGGUGUAUUGUGGCACCAUAGUGACAGAGGAAGGCAAAGAAAAGAAAGUAAACAUCGAUUUUGAACCUUUUAAACCAAUCAACACAUCCUUGUAUUUAUGUGACAACAAAUUCCAUACUGAGGCACUAACAGCGCUGCUGUCAGACGACAGUAAGUUUGGCUUUAUUGUGAUCGAUGGUAGCGGCGCCCUGUUUGGGACCUUACAAGGCAACACGCGGGAGGUGCUGCACAAAUUUACUGUGGAUCUGCCCAAAAAACACGGCAGAGGAGGUCAGUCUGCUCUUCGAUUUGCACGUUUGAGGAUGGAAAAGAGACACAACUACGUGCGUAAGGUAGCAGAGACGGCUGUUCAACUGUUUGUGUCCAAUGACAAGGUGAAUGUGGCAGGCCUGGUGCUUGCUGGAUCGGCAGAUUUCAAGACUGAGCUGAGCCAGUCAGACAUGUUUGAUCCGAGGUUACAAGCGAAGGUUUUGAAGCUGGUCGACAUAUCGUACGGAGGAGAGAAUGGGUUUAACCAGGCCAUUGAGCUCUCGGCGGAAGUUCUGUCGAAUGUCAAAUUCAUCCAAGAAAAGAAACUAAUAGGACGAUAUUUCGAUGAGAUUAGUCAGGACACAGGGAAAUACUGUUUCGGAGUUGAAGACACGCUUAAGGCGCUGGAGAUGGGAGCGGUGGAGAUUCUUAUAGUUUACGAGAACCUGGACACCAUGCGCUAUGUCUUGCGCUGUCACGGAGAAAACACUACACCUGAAAAUGAUGAAAAGAUACUCUAUUUAACACCAGAACAGGAGAAGGACAAGUCUCAUUUUACUGAUAAGGAGACGGGUCAGGAGCACGAGCUGAUUGAGAGCAUGCCGCUGCUUGAGUGGUUCGCCAAUAACUACAAGAAGUUCGGAGCAACGCUGGAAAUCGUUACAGAUAAGAGCCAGGAAGGCUCACAGUUUGUGAAAGGCUUUGGGGGCAUUGGUGGAAUUUUGCGGUACCGGGUGGAUUUCCAAGGCAUGGAGUACCAGGGGGAUGAUGACGAAUUCUUUGAUUUAGAUGACUACUAGGUAGUCGGGACUGACACAAAAGAAUAUUCCAAAAUAAGAUUUUCCCCCUUCACCUACCCCGCAAACGACAGGGGAGCGAAGGAGAUCGAAUCAGCAGGAGGGAGAAUAAGCAUUUGAAAACACGUCAGAGGGUCUACGUGUCCUUGGCUUUUAAAAAUACAGUGACUCCAUCUCUGAACUGGAAGAGGCCGAGUUAUCUCCUCUACACUAAUAACCGGGUCAUCGCAACGGCAUGGCCUGUCUCUGCCUAUCCUGCCUCGGCUCUUCACAACACACUUUAGGCUUUGAGAUCUACUUUUUCUUCCCUUCUAAUCUCACUCCUUUCUUCCUUCCAACUCUUCUUUUAUAAUGCAUAUGCUGCUGUUAUUUUAUUCAAAUGUAUUAUAUUUUCUUUUAUUCAGUGUAUAAUGAAAGCAGUCACGCUGUACUGCUUACAUAGCCCUUCAAACCUAUUACCAGGCCUCCAUUAUAAUUUUCUGGUGAGCUCAGACUUGAUAUAUGUUGCCUUGUUUUUGCUGUAAACCAGUGUGGUGGAGGUAGUGGUGGUGAUGAUGCACUCUGAGCCAGCGGUACACUCCGCUCCUCCCAUCACAUCAUUGUGCCCACAUCUUGCCCUCAAAUGGACCAUAUGGUAACCGGACCCAUCCCCCUGUGUUCCACCACUUCCUUCAUGAAUACCGAGAACCAGUUUUCCUCUCUCACUUGUUUUCCUCAGCCCCAGGAGAUGCAAAUUCUCGAAAUAAACUAUAUAUGAGUGCCUGAUUUUUGCAGUUUGCGAGAUAUGACCGCACAGUGUACCAGCAUCCGGACCCUAACUUCAGCCUCCUGCUAUUUCACGUCAAAUCUUAGCUCCCAGCACUCAUUGGCAUAUGAUGGCGUCUUUACCGGCUGAACACAUGCAUGGGAAUGUCACGUUGGACGUAUUAUGGGGUGGGGAGGGGGGAUUACUGUGUUUAACUGUGAUGUGUGAGUGAGUUAAUGUCAGUUUGGCUGUUUUUUUCCCUUUUAGAAGUCAUAUUCCUGAACCACAGACUCUAAAGGGUCUAAUUUAUUUUCAUUUGCCCCAGUUAUGUUGUAAUAACAGAUUGGUUUUAGAUAAAGACUGCCAAUGACAUUUUGAACCUUUACUAAUUGUGGCAUAGUCGGUGUUUUGACACCUACUAAAAUAAACUGAUCCAAUAAUGUAAAAGGAGAAAAUCAAAAUGAUCCACGAUAUUUUAAUUAUGUUGUAUAUUUUAUCAUUUUCUUUGUUCCAUCACUAUUUUGUAUAAAUCAUUUGUUACAUCUGGACACAGACAUUAAACGUUCUCAUUGUUUGCUAAUUGCA